CGACGACCUCACGAUCUUGUUCUAGCUAUCCAGCAAGAAAGGAGCAAAAAUGGUCAAGCACAACAACCAGCUCCCCGGCAACCACUUCCACAAGGACUGGCAGAGGCGGGUCAAGACCUGGUUCGACCAGCCCGGCAAGAAGAAGUCUCGCCGUGUCGCUCGUUCCAAGAAGGCCCUCGCCUCGGGUGCCGCCCCCCUCCAGCGCCUCCGCCCCGCUGUCCGCUGCCCCACCCAGCGCUACAACAUCCGCAUCCGUGAGGGCCGUGGCUUCACCAUCUCGGAGCUCAAGCUCGCCGGCAUCCGCAAGAAGGAGGCCAAGGGUCUCGGCAUUGUUGUCGACCACCGCCGCCGCUCCAAGUCGGAGGAGGGCCAGACCCUCAACGUCGAGCGCCUGAAGGCCUACCGCCAGCGCCUCGUCGUCUUCCCCCGCGUCCACGGCAAGCCCAAGGCCGGCGACGCCCAGGGCGAGGACCUCACCGCCCACAUCACCCGCGACCUCCCUGCCCUCCCCGCCUCGUACAAGGCCGAGGCCCCCCGCGCCAUCACCGCCGAGGAGAAGGAGUUCGAGGCCUUCCGCACCCUCCGUGUCGCCCGCUCGGACGCCCGCAACGCUGGCAAGCGUGCCAAGCGCGCCGCCGAGAAGAAGGCUGCCGCCGAGGAGGCCAAGAAGUAAAACACUCAUUUGCGACUUGGUUUCUUAUAGGGCGCUGGAGCUGUGUAUUCUUAUGCCGGGAUGCACCUUACAUGACCGGAUCCGUGACGGGCCGGAGGCUAUACAACUGGUGUGUGAGGUGGUGGGUUGAUAUGGAGGGGUGAGCUGCAAGUCUGUGGAGGCACUGAGGAUGGCUGGAGGUGGCGGCUUGCUGGGGUUGGCUUGCAAGUCAGCCUCGUCCACUUGCUUUUGGCGUUUGCUCGCUCUGAGCGACGCGCUGACCCACUGCGUGAGGGCAACUUGGUGUUUCCAAUCGCCUUUGAGAUCCGCUGGCUCAUGUCCGCCGCCCUCUUACUGAGACGUUGGCAGGUGGCGGUGGUGACAGACUGGCAGGUAGUGAGGGUAGCACUCGCACUGACAUUGGAGCACGAGGACACUGAUGAGCUCGGCGUCGAGGCUUAGGUGUCGGCGACAGUGAAUCGGCGUUCUAGAUGUAGGCGCUGGAGGGGCCAGUCUGCCUGUGCCAGAUGCCUCUCGGGACGUUGUUAUCAGAGUCAGUCACGUCGGCCAUGGCACGGGGAAGGUCGGCUUGGACGAGGUAGCUUGAUGGGUGACUACAAAGGCGCCUGACGCUGCUGGGUACCGUCAAGUGCAGUCACGCACGACCAAGCCAGUCCUCAACGACACAUGUUUGAUCAACAAUGGCCUGCAUAUGCCAAAGGCAGCUUUAUGGCUUAAUCUCAAGCUCCUCCUCGUGGCUGUGAGUGACCGUGACCGUGACCGCGGACACGGCUGUCCGUGAUUAGGGCCAGGCAUGUGAUUCGGGCUUUGGCGGCAGCAGAAUGCGAC